GGAUUUGGCUCAUCUCUGAGACAGGCUAAUGCCCUCAGUAGAUUGGCUAGUGUUCUUUUUUCAGCAGAUGGGCCAAAGGAUUAACAAGGGCUUAAUGCAGCAGUGACAGGGAGGAAGGUGCAAGAAAGAACAGGAAGAGGAGCUUAGGCACAUAAAACUCAGGGACUGAAUACUAGAAGGAAGACAGAAGUCAUACAAUAAAGAGAGAUCUGAAAAAGGGGAGCGCCAUAUCUGCCGGAAGGACAAGGUCAAAACUCAGAUGUGUGUAAACCAACAGUAUGUAAGAUGCCAGCAAUUGCCGGAUCUUUGGACAUUGGGACAAGUGCUGUAGCUUUCAGAAAACUGAUUAAAUGCUUUGUAGACUUUCUGGCAAUGAAUAAAAGCCUGGCAUGAUAGUGUUAGAGAAACCCCAGUUCCUUUGAAUAUAUUACUAUCGUAUAUGUUUGACCAAGAAACAGAUUCAAGAUGUCUGUGCUCCUGCUGGAUGAGACGUGCUCAGAUCUUCCUGUGAGGGACACAGACUGUAAACCAGCAGUGUUUAAAGCAAUACAAGAUGUCAUAGCUGGUCCCUAUUCUCGGAAACAACAUGGUCAGAGAACAAUGAAAGUAAAAGAGAAGGAUCUAAAGACACACCGAAGGGUCUCACAUAUCAGUCGAGAAGAACUAGAGGACAACUUCAUUCGUAUUCACGAGGAAAACAUACUGCUUAAGGACCAUGCAAGAAAAAUGGAAGACAAAAUAAAAAGAAUGGGCACCAAACUGCUCCGGGUAACUUCAGAUCUUGCGCAGACAGGAAAAUCUUUUGGGGCGAGGCAUGAUGGGCGAGAUUUAGAAGCCGAGGAGACUAUAGAAGACUUACAGGAUAGAGUUCGAGACCUAGAACAUAAAAAUGAAUCCCUUAGGCACAAACUGGUUACAUAUAAGCAGCGGUUACAGGUACAAAAUGGAUGCAGGCAUUGCCCCUACAGCACAGUGGCUGCACGAACAGACUCUGGAGUCAGAAAGAACAUUGUUCUGCCACAUAACAUUAAAAGAGGUCUGCGGGUGCAAAGUCUGGAAGCAAGGCCCCCCCAAGUAUGCCAAGUCCAGGCAUGUGGAGAGACUCUCAGUGAUGAAGCCAGAGAAGAGAUAGAGAGGCUAUUCAAUUUAAUUGAAAGUCAGAAUAAUAGGGUUGAUGAUAAAUCCACCGUUGUGUUAAAGAGUAUGGAGUCCAUGAGGUCAAAGGAUGCAGAAAUGAUGCUUUACCUGCAAAAAAUGCAGCAAGCUGAGAACCAAAGGAAUUCUAUCCAGGAGAAUGUAAUGCUGAUUCGUCUUCAGAAAGAGCUGAGGGAAAAGAACACAACUCUUUGUGCUCUAAAGGAACAGUUCCACCAGCUAAAGGAAUCCUAUGAAACAGAACUACAGCAGAAUCAGAAGUCCCUGACACUGAGUCAUGAGGCUGUCCUGACCCAGCUGGAGGACCUCACAUCUCAACUUAAAGCAGAAAGGGCAAAGGUGGUGGCAAUGGAAAUUGAACAGCAAAGUGUCCUCAACUUGCAGAGGUCAUUACAAGAGUUCCAGGAGCGUGUUACUGACCUGGAGAAGGAGAAUGCGCUCCUCAAAGAAAAUUAUGACAGUCUACUAAAAAGUUCUCUUAAUGAAGACAACAUCAGCUCAAAACAAGCAAUAGAGAGUGAAUUGAGGGGGAAGAUUUCACUCCUGGAGGAGCAAAUCCACCACCAUAUAUCUGACAAAACACUAAAUAAAGAACAUCUUCAGCAUGAAAGAGAACAAAACGAGCAUUUAAAGAAGGAAGUCUCACAACUACAUAUGCAGCUGCUGGAAAAGAUUCAAGAAGUCAAAAGUUAUCAGGAAAAAGUGUCAGCCAUACUGUCGUCCUCAUUUAACAACACUGUCCCGGAGCAACUGGGCGUGACCUUGCCAAGAACCUCGACACCAAGACCAGAAGGUUCCUACCAGAUGAGGGAAUUAGAAGCAGUUAUGGAUAGAUGGUUUGAUGACAGAGAAAGACGAAAAAAAACGGAUGAGAAAAAACACCAGAUGGGAUGUGAAGAUGAACAAAGGCAAAGUGAAGACAGUGAAAAGCGAAGAGAGGAAGAGGAGCAGAAAAAGGCAGAGGAAGCAGAGAAGCAGAGGCAGAUUUGCAGGAUGGAUGCAGAUCAUGCAGAGACAAUCUUAGAGCUGGAAAAGACCCGGGAAAUGUUGUUCUUGCAACAUGAAAUUAACAAUGACUAUCAGGAGGAACUGAAGACAUUGAGGCUUAAAUCUGAGAGUGAGAGCAGAGACAAAGAAGAAAGGAAAUGUCACUAUGAGGCUAGAAUUAUGAAGUACAGAGCCAGGAUCCAGACUUUAGAAGCUCAGCUCAAAGACAUUGCAUAUGGAACAUUUCCUUCCCGAUAUGAAUCUGAGUCUCCUGAUGUGGAUAUGUCACCUGUACCAUCUCUGCAACGGGGAGAGACUCUCUUUGAAGUUCAUAUAGGAGCUGUCUGCUUCACACCACGGGGUCUAAGGGAAGUCAGUGACUCUCAGCCACACACUUUCUGUGUUUAUUCUUUGUAUGACUAUGAAACACACGCCACUCCAGUGGUAACUGGCACCAGCCCUCAAUACAGCUUCACCUCUCAUUAUGCAGUUACUCCAGAUGCUGAAUUUCUCCGCUUCUUAAGAGUUGGCACCUUAACAGUGGAGUUAUAUCAAGCCCUAGGCGGAGAGCAUAGAGAACUGGCAAGGGGGCGCAUUAAACUGGAAGCAACAUUGCAGAGCACUGAAAAGAUACAUGGAGCAGUUACUUUGACUGAUGUCAGUGGGGAAGAUAUUGGAGAGCUGGAUUACUGGAUUUGUCUACAUGGAUCUGUAUCUCAGACGCAGCGUGUUCAUAAACAGAGCAAUAAAGCACGUAGCUACCUUUCAGCUGGCAGACUUUGCCGUUCACAGAAGUCAUUGGCAUCACCUUUUUCUACUGGACCUCAAAAUGAACUUACCAUCAGAAUAUGGGGCUGUAGAAGCCUGAAGGUGGGUUAUUUGGGAUACCAACCAAGCCCUUAUACAAUGUACCGCUUCUACCAUCACCCCGACCAUUCUACUGCUAUAAUACCAUGCAGUAACAAUCCCCAGUUUGGAGAUGAAUUUGUCUACCAAUUACAAAUAACAAAUGACCUUGAGCGAUAUCUUCAGAAGGAGUGUUUAUAUGUGUAUGUGUUUGAUGAUGAAGAUAUGCAGCCUGGAGUUUACCUGGGAAGAGCUGAAGUGCCUUUAGUCAGACUAGCACAAGGAGACAACAUUCAAGGAGAUUUUGCACUGCUGGACCCUUGCGGUAAGUGCUCUGGAUCAAUACAGAUCAGUAUGGAAUGGAAAUUUUCUUACAAGACUACCAGUUAUCAAAGUACUCAAGAGAUCCCACUUUCACAGCCCAGCGUUGCAUCAAAAGUGAACAUGACACGAGCAAAGCAGUUCAAAACUCGCAAGGCUGAGGAAGAUCAACUAGAUGACAUAACCUCCAGCAAAAGGGGACGCAAGGACUUUCCAUCAACAUCCAAUCAAAAUCCAUCAGCCUUUCAAAAAUCUGAUCUUCUGCCAGCUGGAUACAAAAGCAAUGGUCUGGACACACAACAGGAGAAAGGUGUACAAGCACUGAAAUGUGCUCAGGACAACAUGGAAGAACAUAUGGAAGAGAAUGGAAUCAGUGGGGAGCUCACAGCAGAUGCAAAUGACCAACAAAGUACAGAUAAUGAGGACGACAUCAUUUUAGUGGUAAAACCAAGUGUUCCAGAAAAACCACCUUCAUCCAUGAUCCGUGUGGAAAUUAUGUCUCUGACCUUAAACCCAUAUUCAGAGGUGAUGGGGGACAGUGCAGUACAAAGGUUGUUUGUGGAAUUCCGCUUCGCUGGGGUCCCUCCAGAGGAAACUGAGACCCCUGUGUCACUUCGCAAGCCCAACCAAGGAGAGGAGCUAUAUUAUCACUUUAGCAAAGUAAUACAUCUGGAUGGGUCAGAACAUGCAGAGCGCAGAGAUUUUCUCUACAUGCUUUUAGAAGGAUCAGACUCAAAUGGAGAUAUUGUCAGGCUUAAGUUCACUGUGGUAAGUGACCCAAUCAAUGAGGAUGAAGAAGAAUGUUGUGAUGUGGGCUAUGCCUAUAUGGACCUCCGUCCUCUACUAAGAAGAGCUGAAGACAAAGCUGAGGAAACAUUGCAAGUUCUGGAUGUAGCAGAUCAAGAACAAGUCAUUGGGGCGCUGAGAGUAGCAAUAGAAGCAAAAGAAGCAGCUCGGACAGUGCACAGAAUAAAGAGAGCAAAGGAAAUACGGUGAAGAUUAUUUCCCAUCAUGCCAAAAUACAUUCAAGUCGCAAAAUAGAAAAAUGCAAUAUGAGAGGACAAAAAGUGUAGGGUUUGAUGAUUUCAUCAGCACUGGCUUUCAGUCUUUGGGAAAGGUCCACCUAUGGUGUUGUAGGGAUAUAUGGAGUUACUGUAGAAAUUACUGGCUUAAAAAAAUUGCACAAAAACUGUAUAACAAAAAAUAUAUCCUUGUUUGCAUAAUAAAAGAAAAUGUAAUUCUAAA